GACAGCGCUGCGCGUGCAUCAACUUAGUCUUUCAAGAGAAGUUGUUUUGAAAACGCCAGUGUUAAAAUACACACAGUCCAGAAAAGGGACUUCGUCUUUAAUCAUUUAACUCUCUCACCAGAAGGCCAGCAGUGUUGUAUCAUCGAUCCACUUAAUGCUGUGCCCUUAGGCCAGCGUUUCAAAUGAACAUGUCUCUUGCUCAAAGAGUUCUCCUGACAUGGAUCUUCACACUUAUAUUCCUUAUCAUGCUGGUCCUCAAGUUGGAUGGGAAGAUCUUUUGGAGCUGGUUCCUCAUCUUCCUUCCUGUCUGGACCUUUGAUCUUAUUCUUCUCCUCAUGCUCAUUGUCAAAAUGGCAGGUCGGUGCAGGCCGGGCUUUGAGCCUCGCAAUGGGGCGGAGAACUUGAAGAAGCGCCUGUGGUACCUCAUGGCCAUGCUGCUUAAACUGGCAUUUUGUCUGACGCUCUGUGCCAAACUAGAAGGCAUAAUGGACAUCUUGGUGAGCUCUGUUUGCAUCCCUCUGUGGGCACUGCUCAUCGGAGCUAUGGCCGAACUGGGCUACAACGUUUUCCACUUUAGAAGAGACUGAACAUAUGAAUGGUAUUCUUUGAAAGCCAGCUUUACUGUAUUCUUCGGGAAUGAAAUCAUCUUGAAAGUAGAUGUUAUUCAUAAAGAAGGGAAUAUAUAACGGACAAUAAGAAUGUACAUCUGUUUCGAGCUCUUUAUCAGGAGUUGCUUGUUUCUUUCAGGCUCAAGAGUGACUAUGCUGAAUAGCUUACGUUUCUGGUUCACAAUGAUGCAGGGAGGGUUACGUAUUUUGACUCUGGUGAGUUUCCACUCAGGUGACUGAAAUGACUGAUUGUGAAUGCUGCUCAGAAUAUUUCUAGCAUUUUAGUGAAACACUGAGAUCAUUAGCGGCAUACUGUAAUGGACAUUUGAAAAAUAACCGUUAACGUGCUGCAUACACACUGUUUUUCUACCAGUACUGUAACACAACAUGGUUUGCUUAAAGAAAAGACAUGCAUUCUACAAUAAUGGUGUAUAUUUAUGAAUCUUCAUUUCUUUAUCAUGCACUUAUGCUUUGCAUUCCAGAUCUUGCGUUAUAAAUGUUUACAAAAUGUAAUUAAAAUUUUCUCUUGCGCAGAGUGUGUAAAUAAUAAUAAAGAGUAAUAACAGCAUUCUUGUAUUUACAAGAUGCAUAUUUAUUUUAUUUAUAACAAGUAUGUUGAGUAAGUGCACAGUUAUUAUAUUUACAAAUGUUUCCAAGAUCAUGCAGAAAAGGUGUUACAAUUCAAAUUUAGUAAUGUAGUCAUUCGUUAUAAAUAAUUAAAUUAUGACCCUCAUUUUUAACUGAAAUUGAUAUUUCCUCUCAGAAAGAGUUGUCUGUCUUUUUGGGGUGUACAUCCAUACAGUGUUUGAAAAUAACUCUUAGUGUUAAUUCAAAAUUCCUACACUGUACAAUUAAAAUAAUUACAGAUCUUUUCAUUCCGCUGGUAAAAUCCAGCAAUUUGUAUUUUUUUUUUUCUCAAAUUCUACAAAUAUCCAUGUAAAGUAGUCAUGGAUUGGCCCAGACUUACAAACAUUUUAGUGUUUUUAAGUUAAUUACAAUAUACAAGAUCAUAGCUGAAUCUGUAAGUAGCAUGGUUUCAUGUCUUAUGCAAUGUUCAAAGCAACACGAGGCUCAAAUGUGUAUUCUAUGUAUUGUACUAAUGCAUAUGUGUGAAGCUCCAAAAAAACAACAACAUAGAUACAGAAUAACAGAAACAUUUAUUGUUUAUUCAUGUUCUGACACCUACCUUAUAUUCUCUAUUAAUAAAGCAAUAAACAUGA